AUGUUUGAAUUUCAUCUAUUACGAUUAAUAUAUAAUUAUUUUCGAUUAAAAUUCACCUCAUUAAAUCUAUAUGAUUCUCGAUCAACAGAUCCAACAACAGUGCAUCAUGAAAUUCUCUCUACUCGUUUAUUUACUUUUCUAUUUGGAGCUUCACUUGCUAUACUCACCAUCUUCACUUCUUUUCGUCCACAAACGACACUUCAAAACAUUCAAUCACCAUCUAUAUUUGAUUAUGAACGCCUUCUAAAACAAUACCCGAACACUGUUCAAUGCCCAUGUACAUUUAUUUCGAUACCUUAUGAAACAUUUAUCACUAUUGAAACGUCAUUUCAUCAAGUCUGCUCAAUCGCUAAUGAAACACUACCCGGCAUUGUUAUUGAUUGUUUACCACUUCAAGCGAUAUACGCUUCAUCAUUCGAAUGUUUCUAUAAUCAAUCAUGUCUCAACAUGUUAUUUAAAGCCUAUUCAAAUAAAAUGGAUAUUCAAAUACUUAAUAAAUCUUUACCAAGUCGAUUUCCAUUAACUGCAAGCAUUAAAACACUCAUUGAUGACUUAUUCAUCGAAAAAAUGAUGAUUCAAACCAAUUAUGAUCUUUAUUUUAAUGCAUGUAGAUCAGUUUACUGCAGUUAUACUUAUACACAACGAUUCCAUUGGGUCUAUGCUAUUACGACUCUAAUCGCUCAAUAUGGAGGAUUAAAUACAGCAUUUUAUAUUAUUACACCUUAUUUGAUCGACUUGCUACUAUUCCUGAAGAAAAAAAUAUUAAGAAACAAUCGAACUCAACAGGAUGAAGGUAAGUAUUCAAAUAUAUCUGAUAACGAUGGACUCUAUUGGGAUUCAUUAACCGUGUUCAUAUUCCAGUGUAUGCACAUUGCAUGUAUAUAUUGA